AUGGCUAUAAUUGCCUUUGUUUACUUGGUUUUCUUAAUAACAACCAUUUACUUUAUCUCAUAUUAUAAGUUAUGUUAUUGGAAAAGAAGACAAACAUUCCAUUUAAAGCCAACAUUCUUCUAUGGAAAUCUUAGGGACAGUAUUUUAAAAAAUACGCCACUUAGUUCAACAAUAUCGGACAUUUACAAAAAGGCUCGAAUCAAAGGACACAAAUAUUUUGGUUACUACAAAUUUUGGACACCAGUCUUCGUUCCAGUUGAUCUGGAUUUGGUUAAAUCCAUUAUGCAAACGGAUUUUGCAUAUUUUCCCAACCAUUAUGGAUUCGUCGAUGAACAAAAUGAUCCACUCAUAGGAAAUUUAUUUAGUUUGCAUGACGAUAAAUGGCGACAUAUGAGGUCCAAGUUGUCUCCUACAUUUACAUCAGGUAAAAUGAAGAUGAUGUUUGAUACCAUGAUGGAAUGUUCUAGGAAUCUUCAGAACGUAGUUGAAGAACAUGCUCGUUUUAACAAACCAAUAGACUGUAAAGAUAUUCUAGAAAGAUUUACAAUUGAUUUGAUUGGAAAUGUAGGAUUCGGUAUAGAAUCGAAUAGUCUUAAAUAUCCGGACUCAGAAUUUAGAAAACAAGGACUUAAAAUUCUGCAAUUUACUUACAAAGAAAAAUUAAAAUUUUUUAUAUUUAUGGUAUUGCCUACGUGGUUGGUAAGAAAACUUGGUUUUACGAUGUUGACUCAAGAUGCACAAAGUUUUUUCAUAAACCUUGUUCAACAAACUGUUAAACAUAGGGAAGAAAAUAAUGUUUUCAGACAAGACUUCAUGCAUUUGCUCUUACAGUUGAAAAAUUUUGGUCGAGUAAAUAAUAUCAAAGAAACUACUGUGAUAAACAAAAGUCACACUGUUCAAGGUCUUACACUUAAUGAAAUGGCAGCCCAGUGUUUUGUUUUUUACCUAGCAGGAUAUGAAACAUCUGCGACAGCGAUGACGUUUGCACUCAUAGAAUGUGCACAAAAUAUGGAAAUUCAAGAUAAGGCUAGAGAAGAAAUAUGGAGGGUUCUAAAGAAGUACGACAACAAGAUGACAUAUGAGGCUAUGAUGGAGAUGGAUUAUGUAGAAAAAAUUAUAUUAGAAAGCCUGAGAAAACACCCGCCAUUAUAUAUGCUACCUCGAGUUUGCUCCAAGGACUACAGAGUCCCAGGUACCGAUCUAAUAAUAGAAGCUGGCUCAAACGUUGACAUUCCAGUACUAGCGAUUCACCGAGAUCCUGAGCAUUAUCCGGAUCCUGAAAGAUUUGAUCCUGAAAGAUUCAAUGCAGAGAACAAAGCACAGAGGCAUCCUUUUGCGUUUUUACCAUUUGGUGAAGGGCCUCGGAUAUGUAUAGGUAUGAGAAUGGGAAAACUCCAGGACAAAGUGGGAUUAUGUACAAUUUUGAGUAAAUAUAAAGUCACUAUUAAUGAAAAAACUGAGUUACCGCUUAAAUACAAUCCUGGAAUGGCUACUACACUAAAAGGAAGAGUAUAUUUAAAUUUGGAACAAGUAUUUUGA